AUGGCUUCAUCUUCAUCCUUUCUCUUGCUACUUUUCUCUGUCAUAUCUUUAACAGCUAUAGAAUCAAUGCCUGCAUAUUUUCCCGGAGCAAUCUAUCAAUCUUCUCCACACAAACAAGCCAAGACCACAAAACCAAAGAUACCAUACAAAACCCAUUACUUUCCUCAGCUUCUUGAUCACUUCACAUUCCAACCCAAAAGCUCCAAAACCUUCUACCAGAAAUACCUUGUGAACAACCAGUACUGGCACAAAGGAGCCCCCAUCUUUGUCUACACAGGAAAUGAAGGGGACAUUGACUGGUUUGCAGCCAAUACUGGCUUCAUGCUUGACAUUGCUCCAAAAUUUCAUGCUCUCCUAGUCUUCAUAGAGCAUAGGUUUUAUGGAGAAUCAUUGCCAUUUGGGAACAAGUCUUACAAGUCAGCAAGGACCCUGGGGUACCUGAAUUCACAGCAAGCAUUGGCUGAUUAUGCAGUUUUGAUUAGGAGCUUGAAGAAAAAUCUAUCUUCUGAGACAUCCCCAGUUGUGGUCUUUGGUGGGUCUUAUGGAGGAAUGCUGGCUGCCUGGUUUAGACUGAAAUACCCACAUAUAGCCAUCGGAGCAUUAGCUUCUUCAGCCCCAAUAUUGCAGUUUGAUGGCAUAACUCCAUGGUCUAGCUUCUAUGAUGCUGUUUCUCAGGAUUACAAGGAUGCAAGCUUGAACUGCUAUGAGGUGAUAAGGGGGUGCUGGGCAGAACUUGAUGAGCUGUCAACUCAAAAAGAAGGGUUGGCUGAAGUCAGCAGGACUUUCAAAACUUGCAAGAAUCUUCGAUCAAUCUACUCUGCUCGGGACUGGUUAUGGUCAGCAUUUGUUUACACAGCCAUGGUGAAUUACCCCAUGGAAGCCAAUUUUAUGAUGCCAUUGCCUGCCUAUCCGGUAGAAGAGAUGUGCAAGAUUAUCGAUGGAUUGUCACCUGAAACUACCAAGCUCAGCAGGGUUUUUGCUGCUGCAAGCUUAUACUACAAUUACUCACAGACUGAAAAAUGCUUCAAAUUAGAAGAUGAUACCGAUGCUCAUGGCCUCCAUGGUUGGGAUUGGCAGGUAAAGAACUCGAGCGCAAAUGUGCAGUAGUUGCAGUAGAAUCCUCUAGUCUGUUAGCAUGUCAUGUUCACCAAAAUCAACUACACCUUUACCCACUUUUAACUCCGGAUGCAUAUUUUUUUCGUACAAAAACCAACUCAACUCAUAAUUGUCCACAUUAUGUCAUGGUUAGACAUAUUAAACUUGAAGUUAACUAAGAAAAAUUAUAAGUGGUGACGCUAAGAGGUGGAUCAAUUCCGAAUAUGAGGUUAGGUAGGGAAACGCCUCGAGUAAACAUUGCACAAGAAUCCAAACUAUUGGCAUUUUAAAGUAAAUAUAAGGAUUCUACCAUUCAUCUAUUGUAUCGUGUGAACAAAUUCGCGGUAAAAACUGUCAAAAGAGCCAAAACUAGAGACUUUGAUUACUUGGCUGAGUUUGGGUUUGACUUGAAAAUAGAUGUUCAAACUAGAAUUAGUUUAGUUCAGAAAGGGUUUGAUGGUGGAAAGGGUUUGAUGGUGCAAACUAACGUGGGUGAACAGAGUGCGUGAGACCAAAAGUAAAUCUAGGCUGUCAACUUCAUAAUGACAGAGAUGAAGUAUUUCUUAGAGGGUAGGGGAAUUUGUACAGUAAGAAUAUAGUGGUUCACCGGUUCUGGAGCUCAGUUAAUCCACUCUCCAAUGAAGGCUCU